AGCAGCAACAACAGUACGGGAUUAAUUUGAAUGGUAUGAGUCACGACAACAAUGCCAGCAACAUUAACAACGUCAGUGGCAGCAAUAGCGGGGCCAACACAGCACAAUCGACACCUCGCUUGAAUAACACGAGUGGACCUAGCCCUACAUACGUAACAACGGCAAGAAGCGUGGAGGACCUCGAAUUGCAGGUGAUUAAUGCCAAGAUGGAGACGCAGAUGCUGGAGAAUCAACUAAACGCGGUUAUCAAAAGGAAUCGACGGAAGCUUUAUGCUUAAAAGAAAAACAAACAAACAAACAAACAAAAAAAAAA